AUGGAAAUCCGCACGAAUGAAAAUAGCAGUCAAUUCCGACGAAUAGUUCGAUUGCUUUUGUUGUUGGUAUUUUGCUUGCUGAAAAUAUCAGUCAUGCAUUUCUUCAAGGUCCUUCUUCUCAUGACAUUGCUUGCUGUGGUUUCAGCAAGAGAGCGAAUGCGUUCUUCAGAACAAAACCUGGGCCCAAAACAUACAGCUGGCAUCAAACAAGUCAAGGAACAUCACGAACGGCGAAUGACAAAGCUUGAAGAAAUGAUUGAAGAGCGGCGUCAAAUGGUGGAAGAUCACGAGCGAGGGCACCGCAAAUUGAGUCAAGAAGAAUACGAAAGGGCUUCGAGGCAACAUGGUAACUUUCAACAAAAGCUGGAGCAAAUGCGCAAGACCAACCAUCAUGAGGCUCAUAUGGACAGAAUGCACGAAAUGAAAGAACUACAUGAACGGUCUAUGAGGAUUAAGGAAGACCUUUGA